AUGGAUGAAGAAAAUUAUCCCGAUUCAGAUUAUAAUUACUCAAUAAUUUACAGCAAUGUCUGCGAAAUGGGUGGCUACUUUGUAUUUUACACCCACCUCACUACUGUCAUCUACACACUGGCAUUUUUAUUCAGCCUGGUAGGCAACACUCUAGUCCUAUGGAUCCUAUUCAAGUAUGAAAUCCUCACAUCUUUAACGAACAUCUUCAUCAUGAAUCUCUGUGUCUCUGAUUUAGUCUUCUCCUGCAUGCUGCCCUUCUGGGCCGUGGACCAGUCCUUGGGGUGGAUUUUUGGUGAGUUCCUUUGCAAAGCAGUGAAUGCUGUUUUCUCCGUUGGCUACUACAGCGGCGUCUUCUUCCUGACACUGAUGACGAUGCUGCGGUACCUGUUCGUCGUGAACCCCCUCUCCACCCUGAGGUCCCAGACACAGUGCUGUGGCUUCCUGGUCAGCUUGGCUGUUUGGGCUGGUAGCAUAUUGAUGGUGGUUCCUGAGGUGAUUCACACCACAGUGCAAGACAACUUGGAAGGGGGCAAGACCUGUGAUUAUGCCGACUGGAAAUGGAAAAAGGUGGACAUUUAUCAGAGAAAUGUACUCUUCUUGGUUUCCUUUGGGGUUAUUGUGUUCUGUUACAUCAAGAUACUGAUAAUCCUGCUCAGAACAAAAUCUCGCAGAAAGCACAGGACUGUGAAACUCAUCCUUAUCAUUGUGGUGGCGUUUUUCCUUUGCUGGGCACCUUACAACAUUCUCAGCUUUCUGAUUACUUUUCCACCACCUACCUGUCAGUAUGAAAAAGACUCCAUGCUUGCCUUUCACAUCAGCCGGAAAAUUGCUUAUUCCCACUGCUGCCUCAACCCUGUGCUCUAUGUUUUCGUUGGAGUCAAGUUCAAGAGCCAUUUGUUACGUUUAUGUAGUCAGUAUUUACCCUGUGGGAACAGUCAAGUCUCCAGCCCCAGAAUCUCCCCUCCAGACAAAUUCCACUAUGAAGGUGCGUCCAUCUACUGA